AUGGCCUCGUUAGAGAGCCUUGUGUUUGGCCACACAUAUGAUUUGAAGGACAACUUUGUGGAAGGCGGCGGCGUGAAUAUGAACAAUGCCUUAACACUGCCGAUUAUGCUGGACCAAGAGGCUUCUACGGAUAUUGACCUGGUACUCCUCAGCAGCAUUGGCAGUGAUGGCGGUGGUUCCAUCAACUCCAUGGACUGGACGUCGUUGGAGUCGAUGUCCUCACCGGUCGAGAUGCGUCUGCAUGGAUCACUGCCGGUGAGGAACUCAGAGGACCUUAUUACACCGAGAAAAUUUCCAUUUGCCUCUCACAACGCCUGUUCAGCAGCAGACCCACUCCAACUCUACUUCUUCUUCCUCCAACUACUGCCCUUCUCUGGUCCCCGUCGUCUCCAGUGCCAGAACAACGUCUCGGAUCUGAAGGAGAACUUUGUGAAAGGAAACAUGCAUAUGCACAGCGUUUUUCCAACAUCAACGAUACUAGACGAAGAAGCAUCUACAGAUAUGGGCCUGGCAUUGCUCAGUAGCCUCGGCGGCGGUUCCAUUAUCUCCAUGUGCUGGACGUCGAUGGAGUUAUUGGAGAUGCAGCUGUUUGAGCCAUUGCCGGUGAGGAGCUUGGAGGACCUUAUAGCACCAGUUGCUGAUAUGCUCCAAUGUGCACUGCAAAAUUCUUCCAUGGUUGUCGGGAAAUAUUCGAGAUGG